CCGUUAGCGCGCGAAGCACAAACCUGGACUGGAGGCCGGAAGUGAGGGAGCGACGGGCUGUAAGGAGUUUGAAGUGUGGAGAUGCCGCAGGUGCCGGUGGCCGGUCUGACUGUGGAUUUCCCGUUCCACCCAUACAAAUGCCAAGAGGAUUAUAUGGCCAAGGUCAUCCAGUGCCUGCAGCAGGGUGUAAAUGGGGUGUUGGAGAGCCCCACAGGCACUGGGAAGACGCUUUGCCUCCUCUGUGCCACUCUGGCUUGGAGACAGCACUUUAAGGAUGGGAUUAGUGCCCGUAAAAUCGCAGAGCGCAUGAAUGGAGCAGAACUCUUCCCGGAGAGACCAACAGCAGAGUGGGGCAGUGCGGCAGCAGAUGGACAGGCCUCUGGUACUGCCUAUUACAGUGAUGUGCCCAAGAUUAUCUACGCCUCCAGGACGCACUCCCAACUGACGCAAGUUAUAAGUGAACUGAAGCACACAACGUACAGGCCAAAGGUUUGUGUGCUUGGCUCCAGGGAACAGCUGUGUAUCCACCCCGAAGUAAAGAAACAGGAGAGUAACCAUGCCAAGGUCCACAUGUGCCGUUCAAAAGUUUCCACCCGUACCUGUCACUUCUACAAUAACGUUGAGGAAAAGUGCACAGAAAAGGAUUUGACUAACCAUAUUUUGGAUAUAGAGGAUCUGGUGAAGAGCGGCACCAAACACCGAGCCUGCCCCUAUUAUCUGUCCCGCAAUCUCAAGCAGCAAGCUGACAUCAUAUUUAUGCCCUAUAAUUACCUGCUGGACCCUAAGAGUCGCCGGGCCCAUAACAUUGACCUGAAAGGCACAGUGGUGAUAUUUGAUGAGGCUCACAAUGUGGAACGAAUGUGUGAGGAUUCAUCUUCUUUUGACCUGACCCCAUAUGAUUUGGCAUCAGGGAUUGAUGCAAUGGAUCUGGUACUAAAAGAACAAAUGGAGACUGUAGAACAGAAACGCGUUCAGGCAGAAUUCAACAUGGAUUCCCACAAUUCGGGUCUAAAUCUGGAGCUGGAGGAUCUUGCCAAGAUAAAAGCCGCCCUUAUGCAGUUGGAAAAUUCCAUCGAGUCUACGCAGCUUCCUCCUGGUGGGGGUGGAGCCACCAAGGACGGGAGUUAUAUCUUUCAGCUCUUUGCUGCUUCCGGCAUCACCUUUGAAACCAAGACCCAACUGCUGGAGUCUCUGGAACAGAUCAUACAGCACGUGGGUGGAAGCUCUGGAAUCUUCACCAACGUGAUGGGGCUGCAAAAACUGGCAGAUAUUAUCCAGAUUGUGUUCAGCAUGGACCCCCCAGAGGGCGCUAAUGUGUCAAGCUUCAAUCAGAAGAUCUCCAAGUACUACAAAGUUCACAUCCACCCUGAUACUAGCCAGCGGAAAAAGCCUCGUGGGGACAUUUGGAGUAACAGCAAAAAGCAGGGAGGAAAAGUUCUCAGCUAUUGGUGCUUCAGCCCAGGAUACACUAUGCAUGACCUGGUGAAACAGGGAGUUCGAUCCAUCAUCCUGACCAGUGGGACCCUGUGCCCCCUUUCCUCCUUUACCAUGGAGAUGCAGAUCCCUUUCCCUGUAUCACUGGAGAACCCCCAUGUUAUAGAUAAGCACCAGAUCUGGGUGGGAAUUGUUCCCCGUGGCCCUGAUGGCUCCCAGCUCAGUUCCUCCUUUGAUAGGCGGUUCACUGAGGAAUACUUAUCCUCCUUGGGAAAAACUAUUGGUAAUAUUGCUCGUGUUGUUCCUCAUGGGCUCCUGGUUUUCUUUCCAUCCUAUCCUGUUUUGGACAAGAGCAUUGAGUUCUGGAAGGAGCGGGGCCUCUCUGCAAAGAUAGAGGAUGUGAAACCCAUGUUUGUGGAGCCUCGAGGGAAAGGCUCAUUCACGGAGGUCAUCGAUGCUUAUUAUGAUAAGAUCCAAAGUGCAAAUGGCAGCGGGGCCAGUUUCCUGGCAGUGUGCCGGGGCAAGGCCAGUGAAGGGUUAGAUUUUGCUGACUAUAAUGGACGGGGUGUCAUAAUUACUGGGCUCCCCUUCCCACCGCGCAUGGAUCCACGCGUGAUUCUCAAGAUGCAGUUCCUUGAUGAGAUGAGGCGCUCUCAGGGAUCUGCUGGACUGUACUUAUCUGGUCAGGAGUGGUAUCGGCAGCAGGCCUCUCGAGCUGUUAAUCAAGCUAUUGGCAGAGUGAUCCGGCACAGGAAUGAUUACGGCGCUAUUUUUCUCUGUGAUCAUAGGUUCAGUCAAAGUGAUGCCCGGGCACAGCUUCCCUCUUGGGUUCGCCCAUAUGUACGGAUAUACGACAAUUUCGGCCACAUUAUACGCGACGUUUCCCAGUUUUUCCGAGUGGCACUAAAGCUUAUGCCAACCCCUACCCCAAAAAAUGAUCAGAAAGCAGGACCAGUACCUCUGAUUGGCUCCGACUACCAGUCUCCAAGGCCAAUGGCGCAAUCAAGCACCCGGGAGGCCCUGAGGAAAGCCAAGAACCUGGACUCGCAUGUGCCCAGCUUGAAGAGGAAGAGAGAUGAAUGCAGCAGUGAGAUGGUCCCAGGCUCAGUGUGUGAGGCGUACAAGCAGGAGAUGCCGUUAAGUAGUCAUCGCCCAGCAGGACUGUUGGAUGCACUAGAGCACAGUGAGAAGAGGGUGCAGGAGGAUAAGGCUGGAGAGGAGAAGGUCUCCCGGCUUUCAACUCUCUCCCUACAGUACGACAAGCGCCUGGCUGACGAACAGAGAGGUGGGAAGCGUAAGAUAAAGAUUGUUCAGAACCAGGCCCCAGAAGAGACUUGUCCAUCGGACCAGAAAAUGACCAGUGCGUCCUUGUUCUUGGCAUCAGUGAAACAGUCCCUGAGUCAGGAAAACUACAGUAUUUUCAUGGCAGCCAUGGCGGAUUACAAGAAGAACAAUGACCUGCAGCAACUGAUAACUCACCUGCGCUCUCUGUUCUGCCAGGACACUGCCAAGUACAACCUUCUACGAGGUUUCUAUCAGUUUAUCCGACCUCACCACAAGCAUGAGUUUGAAUCUGCCUGUAAAGACUUGACUGGGAAGGGCUGUGGAUAUAAACCUGAGCACAGUGUCCCACGGGCUGAGAGAGAGAAGGCUCAGUGUGCAGCUGCAGUGUCAGAGUCCAAAGUCACCUUCUCAGAGGGAUCCGCUCAACAUCUCAACCAUGGGGGAGGACACCUGAGUACUGACUCAAUAAAAGCCCCUACAGGUAACUGUCCCGCGGGGCAGGCAGGACAAAGCCAGGUGUCUAUGUACUUAAGCCGGGUGAGGGAGGCUCUGGGUUCCAGCAGUUUCCAGCGCUUUACAGCAGCCCUAUCUUCCUACAAGAAAAGCGACAGCUAUGAGGGAAUGGUGUGUGAAAUUGCUGCCUUGCUAACAGGUCAACCGGAGCAUUAUGCUCUACUCAGAGAAUUUCACAGGUUUGUCCGUCCCCAUCAUAAAAAGAUGUUCAAUACUCUCUGUGAGGAGCUGACCGGGUUGGGCUACUGCCCCAAGAAGCCACAAGUUCUACCCCCAAAUGAGCAGGCGGGGCCCUCAGACCGAGUUACACACAACAAAGUAAUUAGUGGCCGACCAUGUGACAGUGAUUUUCAGAUGUCAGUGCCCAGCUCGGGAGAUGGACAGAAAGGACACUUUAAAGCAGAUCACACCCAUGCCCCAGAUGGUGAGCCAAUCAGAGCACCCAGAUCAGAUCUUCCCCCCCUUCCCUAUGUGCCUCGUGCAGGUGUCUGUUGGCUCUGAAAUAUUGUGGCAGUUGGAUAUUAGCGGAAUGGAGGUGGUGGAAAGGAUAAGGAACAGGAGUUGGACAGGAAUACGAUUGGACAGUACAACAACUGCCUUUACUCAUAGGAGCCGGGGGUGCGGAAGAAAAUACUUGCAGUCCUGGGUAUGAGCUUCUGCAGGUAUAUAUUAUUGUGCACAGGGGGAAGUUCUGUGCCAGGGUUUCAUUUGUGGAGUAAAAUUAAGAAGCAGAAAGCUCAGACACUUUUGUGGUACCAGGUGCUGUAAUGGGAGACCUGGUCCUGCGACAAGGGUCAAAAAAGAAAGUACCAGCAGCAUGCUGAAAACUGAAGUAGAGUAAGUUUUAUUUAACCCAAAAACAUACAAAAAAAGGGACAAUGUUUCCAGCCACCAGGGGCUGCUGGUACUUCCUUCAUUCGUGGUGUAGCAAACAGGGAGCACCAUUUUCUCGUUGUGUUGCCCAGUGAGAAGCAAUGAACUGUGCCACUGGCAUUAAGUAGCACCAGAAAGGCAAUUAUUUCAUGUUGUAUUCCCUGCUGCGUCACUGCCCAGAUAGGCAAUUCCUGGGGUAACUAAGACUGGUAUGAGGCUAUUUUCCAGGAACAUGGGCCUGGGCGCAACAGUCUGUGCAUGGUCACAUGGUAUACACGACUGUGGUAUAAUAGAAUGGAGCACUCCAUAUAAACUACUUAUUUCAGGUCCUGUCCUCUGUAUCACAUGGUAUAACCAAAUCAGUGAAGCUAUGAGUUACUCCGGUGCUGCCCCACCCAGAGAAGACAUGAUUGGAUCAGAUUUCCUACCUGCACAUUGAACUGAACCAAUCACCCUGCAUGGGCACUAACCGAAAGGAACAGGCCUAUCAUAUAUAAUAUUUAGAAAUACAAGGGAGAGAACAGACCCCUGAGAGCCUCUUAUAUAAUUACCCCUUGCACUCAAGAUAAACAAUUAACCGCAGCCCCCUGGCAAGUGUGUCUGUCCCUCAGCAACCUGGAGAUCUACAGGUUUCCUGGGUAACUGCUGAGCUCAAUGGAAGGGGCUGACCCCUUGUGACUCCCUGCUACAAUACAAUGCCUACACCAUAAGCUUUUGGAUGUGUUGUCCAAUAGCAGCUGCUGCUUUCUAAUGCCAUAGAGGUGAUCAUGAUUCCACCCACUCCCACUGGUGCCAAUAUCUGCCUUCACUUUGGGUUCUUCCAUAUGUUGGUACUACUUGUCCCUAUAGCACAGUUAUCCCCCUGCCUCCUUGUCCUGAGAGCUCAGCUCAUUGGAUAAAAUCUCCCCACUUUGACUGU